AUGAUUGUGGACUCCUUGGAGUCGAUGGCUACAUUUUUGGACUUCCCGAAGUCGGCGUCGAGGUCAUCGAGCUCGAAGUUCAUUAUCCCGGUUUCACGGGCUCCUUCGAGACGGCUACAGCUUUUGUACUCCUCGAAGCCGGCGGAGGCGUACCGUAGCGCGAAGGGCGGCGACUGGAAGUGCUUCAUCGCCCACGACGGCACCUCGUAUUUCAAGGGGGAUGUCGUCUACGUGGAAACGUGCGCCGCCGAGCCGUACUUGAUUGGGACGAUACAGCACUUUAAAAUGAACAAGCGCGACCAGCUGAGCGUCAAGCUCCACCGCUUCUACCGACCCGACGAUGUGCCGGAGGACUCACUCUCCCUGAUUCUCCAAGAACGGUCCGAGCUCGAGAUCGAGCAGGAGCAGCUCGACCAACUGGAGCAGGCCCACCAACGGGAAGUCUUCUCGUCGGAGAGCUCGCAGACGCACGCCGUCGGCGCAUUAAGAGGAAAGUGCCGCGUCUCGUUCGUGCGGGACCUUCGCUCGCUGGGCGACACCGACCUCACCCAGGACUCGGUAUUCGUCUCCUGCUUGACGUAUAACAACGACACGAGAAGGCUGGCUGCGAUACAGGGCGAGAUCCGGGUCGGCAGCGCCUACCAGGCCAAACUCCCGCCGGUGCCGACGUGCUUCGUGGCCGAAGAUGCCGACCGGGAUGAGCAGCUCUACGUCCCCGACCAGAUCCCCAUCCACACCGAGGAGUGCUACAUCAAGUUGGCCAGCCACAUCCCACUCCCGGAAACGGAAAAGCGGGCCCGGUUAUGCGACAAGCUGACGAACGACGCCAUCGAGACGUUGCACCGGAAUGGGUACAACACCCUCAAGGCCGUCACCGUCAUGGAGGAGCAGGAUAGGCUCCUCGCCACCGACCUCGGCUACAUGACCCCAGAGGAUAUCAAGAAAUUCGGCAAGGGCAUCAAGACGUAUGGGAAGAAUUUUGUGAAAAUUGGCAGGGAAUGCUUGCCGAUGUACAAGAGGGAGCAACUGGUCAGCUUCUACUACCACUGGAAGAAGACAGCCGACGCGACAAAGCCGAAAGCUAUUGGAAGGCCAAGGAAUCAGACACAAAUCGCGAGGAAACCAAAGACGAACAACAAAUCCUCCCGACCCGGCUCCACCGAACUCCACGAUUACGCAAGCGCAAGCGAGAGUGAAGUCGAGGCCGGAGAAAGCGACGGCCGCCCGCUGAGAUACGCAUGCCAUCACUGCUACGAGUCGAAAUCCCGCGACUGGCACCACGCCGGCCGUUCCAACCUUCUCCUCUGCACCCCGUGCCGCGUCUUCUUCAAGAAGUACGGCCAACUUCGACCCGUCGACCGUCCGGCCACCGUCCCGCCCGAGUUGUUCAAGAACGAGGACGAUCUGCAGGAGGACUUUGGCUUUGACCUUGAGAAGAAACCCCUGCACAAAAACGGCAAGCGAAAACGCAGCGCGGCCGUCAACCCGAACGGCACGCUGAAGAAGAAGAUCAAGGAGGAAGAGGAGGACGACGUCGCCCAGAAGAUGGACGUCGACGUGAAGCACGAGGCCAAGGAGGAGAAUGAUGAGCCGGGCUCCGAUUGGGAUCGCCGCCGCGAAGCCAUCAAGCUCGACAAGGACAAGCCCAAGGUCGCCACCCCUCAACCCAAGAAAGAGCCCCAGCCCGUGCCCGUCUCGGCCACCCCGUCGUUUUCGGAGAUGCUCAACGGGGCGGCUGCCCAUGCUGCGCGAAGCAUGUCCGGAGGGGUCAACCCGAUGGGCCAAGCGCCCGGAAUCCCGGCCGGAAUGCAGCCGAUCCAUUUCCCCGGCGGGUUCCCCGGAAUGCCCGGCAUGCCGAUGGCCCAGCAACUGGCCCUACACCAGGCUACGAUGGAGCACGUGCAGCAAGCGAGUCAGGCGAUGAACCAGCAGCAGGCGCUCCUUCGCAUGAUGCAAAUGCAAGGCCGAGGCGGGAUGCCGGGAAUGCACGGCCAGCAGCCGAACCCCAUGGAAAUGGCCCAUUUGGCGGCGGCUAUGCAAGAUCCGGCCGCCAUGCAGCGGUUACAAAUCGAAGCAUUAAUGGCCCAGGCCCAAGCUCAAGCCCAAGCCCAAGCCCAGGCCCAGCGAGAGCGAGAAAACCGCGAGCGCCAGGAGCAGCAGGCCCGCCAGCAGGCCGAGCAGCAGGCCCAGCAGCAGGCCCAGCAACAGGCCCAGGCUCAAGCUCAGGCUCAAGCCCAGCAGGCUCAGCAGAACACGCUGGCCGCGAUGGCCGCACAGUUCGGAUUCCCGCCCGGGAUUCCGAUACCACCGGAAGUGCAGAUGAUGAUGAUGCGCCAGGCGGAGGUAGCUGCUCAACAACAGGCCGCCAUGCAGCAACAAGCAAUGCAACAGCAAAUGCUCAUGGCUCAACUUGGCAUGAACCCACAAAUCACCUCCGAAAUGAUGCGCCGACUCCAGAGCGAAGGCUUCCGUCAUCAA